GGGAUGUAACGCCCACAGUAAGAGGACACGUUAGAUAAAAAAAGAGAAAAAAUUGAAACUGCUGGGAGCGAUUUCACUUCAGGGAUCAACUGUUACUAUAAGGGCGUCCACAUGGCUGCGGCUCCGGGCAUGCCGACAUGGGAGCGCAAAGUGCGCAUUCUUCUGGUUCUUCUGGGUCUGGUUCUGUCUGUGUACGCUCUCCAUGUGGAGCUCUCCCGAGAGAGAGACCCAGAGUACAGGGCAAUGUGCGACCUGGGAGAAUCUGUGAGCUGCUCCAAGGUCUUCACCUCCAGAUGGGGACGUGGUUUUGGUUUGGUCCAGCUCUUUUUGCCCAAAGACAGCGUUCUGAACCAGCCCAACAGCGUCCUCGGCAUCCUGUUUUACACUCUGCAGAUGGGCCUCGGAUUGUGUCUGUCUAAAAAGGCUGUCCUGGCCUUGGUCCUCUCCUCCUGGGUGUCCGUGGCUGGCUCAAUCUAUCUGGCGUCAAUUCUGGCCUUUGUUCUGGGAGACUUCUGUAUGGUGUGUGUCUCAACGUAUAUCAUCAAUUUUGCGCUGCUCUACACCAACCUGAAGAGAAGGAAAGCAAUUGAUGGGAUGAAAGAGAAGACGGGAUAAUAAAUGCAACUUGCAAAGUUCAUCGUUUGUUUAAGCCUAACCUGGGCCAAACUGGAUUACUGUUUUUAUACCUUUCAUAAUGAAAUGAUUGUUGCUGGAAAAUCUGAUAAUUUUAUUAAUAAACUAAAAAACAAUAUAUAU